AUGAUACUCAUCAUACGAUCCUCUGUUCUUCUACUUGCAGUGUCCGCAGUGUCUUUGGACAUUGCGACGGCCUCCAGAAAUUUGCACACGACCCAGCGCAAAUUGCAGACGUACAAGCAGUACAGUGACUACUCCCAAGAGAUGCUGGACGCGGUGAACACCGAGCGAGCAAAUUCAGGUCUGUCAGCAUUGUGCCUUAAUAGCAAACUGGCUGCUGCCGCUAAGCGCCACUCGGACGAUAUGGCUACAAAAGGUUAUAUGGACCAUGAUGGCUCGGAUGGAUCUACUCUAUCGACACGUGUUACGGAUGCCGGAUACAAUUGGGAAGCCCUUGCUGAGAACAUCGCUGCCGGCCAGACGGAUGUUGCUUCUGUCGUGAAAGGGUGGAUGGAAUCCGAAGGCCACCGCACCAACAUCAUGAAUGCCGAUUACACUAUGCUCGGUGCGGCAUAUGCCUACAGCGCCGAGACUACGUACACGCACUACUGGACACAGACCUUUGGCGCUAGCGCAACUGAUACGUGCGACAGCGGUAGUUCUAACAGCUCCCAGCCGGCCUAUGAGACCCAACAGCAGGACGUGGUAGGUAAAGCUUCAACGUCGCAAGAGACCACGCACACAACGACGGCCAAGUCUUCAGCCGUCAAGCCUCCAGCUGUCGAGUCUCCAGUCGUCGAGUCUCCAGUCGUCGAGUCUUUAGUCUUCGAGCCUCUAGCCAUUGAAUCCACCGAGACCCCUCGUUGCAAGGUUAAGAUGUAA